GCAUUUACCAGGGCAAGAGAUCAAAUGUCUGUCAAAAAGGGAACGGAAUUCCUGGAAAACGUGAGGCUAACUGUGCUCGGCCGGUGUGGCACCAUGUGCGAAAAUGGACGAAGAGGCGGAAACGGAGCGCCGGAAGCGGCUCCGAGGCGCGUGGGAAGAAAACCUAGAUCUGUAAACUAAAAUGAUGGGUAGAUAGCCUCAUACUUUGACUGUAUAACCCAUCGAACUACUUAUAGAUCAACAAAGUGUCUCGCCUUUUUUUGUGAAUGCGAGUUCAGUUCUCGCGAGAAAAAGUCGAGCUUAGUCUGAAUUAAACAUAUCAAGCGAAUACGUAUUUUAGCUAUCUGUGGCUCUUGGUGUUAAACCGAAUGCCUGCAUAACUUUAAUAGAUUUUAUAACUUGCUAGAGACAUGGACAGCCAAUGUGUUUCCAUCCUGCCCCGCGUCUGUGGAGUUCUGUUGGUGUCAGGAAGCUCUCUCCCUGAUGACACCAGUCUGGAGAAACUACUGGACUGGUUUACAACUGUCGCGCAGACUGGCCCAUCUCUGUUGGAGGCGUGUCCAUGUCUGGUUGAUUUCGUCUCCAAGGUGGCCUUUAACUACGCUUCAGGCUCCAGCAUCCUUUCUUUCACUCUGAAGCUCACUGGCUUGAUUGGUGCUUCUGAAGAUGGCUUUAAAGUUCUGAAGGAGUGCUCUGUGUUGAAACUGGUCUUUAAUCCUCAACACUGGCAAGAGGCAGGACUUUGGGAGGAUCCGUGUCUGCGGAUUGGCUGGAUCCAGGGUCUAAAGAUGAUUCUGCAGCACUCAGAAGCUCUCAGUUUUUUUGCGCAAGCAGAUCUUAUUGAACCACUCCUUCAACUUCAGACAGACCCAAGCCUUUUUGUUGCUUCAGCUGCCAAUCAGACACUCGCUCAAGUCCUGCUUCUCUGUCAGUCUCUAUCCUCUGUGGGUCAUAAUGGUUCAAAAAAUAGAGACUUAGAACACAACAGUGUGAGUAUGGAAACCACCCAGAAUUACAGUGGUAUAAUCACAAAGGUCUCUGAAUAUCUGAACAAGUCAGUGGUUCUGAAGGAAAUUUCACAGCUUCCUGGAAGCCAGCAGAUCCUCAGGCUGCUGGCCAUGCUCCUGGUCCGGGUCGGGCCUCCUCUGAGGGACACACUGUUGCUGGCUGUCAUGAACUCUCUGGAGGAACUGGUGACAACAAGCUGCAGUCAGCUCACAGUUCCUCUCUUGGAUGUCAUCCUGGCUGCAAACAGUGGACUUAGGGACGAUUGUGUCCCAAAGCAGCGACUCAUCCGACUUUUGUGGGCCAUGUUGAACAUGAAGAAGCCGGAUGAUGUUAUGCAGGCUGCAGCUGCUGUGCUACGCAGCCACCAGAGUGACCCCGCCCUCUCUGCCCACUCUGCUCGAGUCCUGCUGCUACCCCUGGACAUCGUUACUGGUGUCUCCUUACUGGAUGAGAACUCCACAGGUGAACAAACGACAUUGGUGUGUUUUUACUUGUGUAAUAAAUGUUUAUUAACUCCCUUUAAGAGCAUGUUGUCGAAUCCUGCAGAAGGAGAGCUUCGAAUUUUAAUAACUGAGCAGCUUAAGAGGAAAAGCUGCAUCUCCAUGAUUUGUGUAUGUCUAUCAAACAUACCUCAGAUCACACUAAUGGCUUCGGACCGCCUCCCGUGUCCUCAGAGGCUAAUUGUUACUGCAGUUUUGUUGUUACUGAGGCUGUGCUGUGUGGACUCCUCAUCUUCAUCACCUGGCUGUGUUGAAGUUGUCAGAUUUAUUACAGGGAACAGCAAAGUUCAGAAAUGUGCCCUGGAGGCUCUGUUAGUGCUCAGCAAGAGUCCAGGAGUGAAGAUGGUUCUGGUUGAGGUCUUCAAAGUUCUAACUGAAUAUUUAAAUAGUCCUUCAUCUGACCCAUCUGUGCUCCAGAAGUCCUACCAAGUUGUGAUAAAGUGGGUGGGUGUUUGUCCAGAUCUGUCCUGCAUCACAGACCAGCUCAGAGAAGGUUUCAUCCAGGCGGUGAGAAAGCGUGCUUGUGACACGCGCUGGGAGGCCAGAGACUCCACGGUGGAGUUUCUGGGUCACUUGGUGGAGGUGCCCUCAUGCUGGACAUUCACUGAACAGGAGACGGAACCAUUAGAUGUUCUCCUGGGCGGCCGCAGAUUUACGGUUCCUCUCCUCAAGGAGGCGCUGCAGGAUCCAGAGAGCUAUGUGAGAGCCAGCUCCAUCUCUGCUCUGGCACAGACACUGGCACCCAGCUGGCAGGACGGGACAGCAUUAACACAGGAGCAGGAGGACAUAGUAGCCCAACUGCAGGAGGUUCUCUUCCAGGACUCGGAGGGAUUUGCCAGGAGGGCUGCUGUGAAGUACUUCACAGCCUGGUUCUCCGCUUGUUCCUCGCCUUCCUCCUGCUGGCUCCUCAUGCAGUCUAUGCCGACCGUCCUCUCUCAGGGUGUCGCUGAUCUGGACUGGGAGGUCAAACUUCACACCCUGGAGUUGGCAGAGCUGCUGCUGGACCGAGCCUUUCCGGAUCCUUCUCCAUCUCAUUCCUAUGCUGUGAUGUCUGACCAAGACCACAGACUUCCCAUUGCAGGUCAGCAGUCAGACCUGCUCAGCAGCUUGAAGAAUUUGGUCGAUUGGGGAGUGGUCUCAGCUCUGUUGUGUGGUGUGGUUGACUGUGACAGACCCGUUGCUCUCAAGGCCUGCCAGCUGCUGCUAAAGCUCCGAGGCAUUGUUUGUCCAGUGAUGGAUAACGCAGCAGACACCAGAGUUUUUUGUCAACUGGCUGGAGCAAGCGUGUUGCAGCAGGUCAGAAAGAUCCAGGAAAUUGGGAAGGACACCCAUGUUGUUUCUGAAGCUUGCAGUGAGGCAGAUGAGGAAGGCAUAUGUGCCAGUGUUGACCCAGAGUGUGUUGGUGUGUGUGAGGUGUUGAGGCUCCUGGAUUUAGAUGAGAAGCUGAGCAUCUUGACCCAAAGCAGCGACCACAUCUACAAUUCUCCCCUCUCUCUGCUCCAGGACAUCCUAACAGCUGCUGCUGCUAGCUCUCCGCCUGGCCAGGACUCGCGCCAGGAGCUCGUAAUGGACUGUUACUAACAGCCAGACACACAGAAGCAAACCAUCUUCAACGAGUACAAUCAAAUAGGUCAUACAUGCUGAUUUAAAACUGCAGCAUAUAACUUUAAUAAAAAAAUAUUUUUUUUUUACAUAUUUAUUGAAACUGUCACUAUUUGGUGACGAUAUGUUCUGCAGCAAUCCUAACCCUAACCCUGCAGCAGCUAACAAAGCCUGUAGUGACUGCUAAGGGUAGUUAGCAUGGCUAUCAAUGACGGUAGAUAAACAGUUUCUCUGUAACAGCGAGUUGUUUCUCCGCCAUAAGCACAUUUAGCAGCAAGUACAUGAGGUUGAAUGACAGCGCUAAGACCCUUCUCCUGACUCUGAUUUUUUUUUGUUUUUAGUCAGGAGAGGUGCAUUACUUUGGAUUGCAAUAGCAGCUCAGGGAGGAGGUGGAGGUCAAUCUUUUCACAGAAAAAAAUAUGUAAAAAACUUUUUUUUUUAAGUUACAUACCACAACUUUAAACAGACAAUUUUCAGUUUUAGAUCUUUUAUUGACAGGAUUACCUGUGAUGUGUCUCAUUACCUAUUCAAAAUACAACUUGCCUAAUGUUUUGAAGAUUUUCCUAUGGUGUAAGAAAAAACUAAAUAUAAUGGACAGAGGCAGAAAGAUCCAUAUAGCAUCUUGAGACCUUUCUAGGUUUGGAUGCAUGUGUGAUGGGGCACAUUGUCCUUCCUGACCAGACUUCCACCCUCUUGUAAUGCCUUUUCAUGCUAAGAUCGAUCUUUGUGUGCAAACACAAAUACGUUAGCAAUCCUGGUAGAUAUCUGUAAAAAGUCUAAUAAAUUUCUGCAAUAAAAUAGCUGCAUUGCUUUUUUUCCCAGAAACACAGCAUUUGGUCUUGGAGUUAUGCAAAUGAUGAAGGAUGUGUAAAAAAUGCCUAAUGCCCACUGUUAAGUAUGAUUCAAUUCAAAUUCUAUCCAAAAAUACUUUAUUUUCUCAAAGAGAAAUUAAAUGUAACUCAUCCAAGAAUCUUCACUCAUUGCGGAUAGCGAUGCUGUGGGCAGGAAGGGUCUCCAGUAGCAGUUUGUUUUGCAGUAAAUCUGAAGAUAUUUGUGUCUGUGUAGUCAUAUAAAUCUGUAUUGAUAUUACUAAAUAAUUUAUUAAAUAAAUGCUGAACUAC